AUGGCGCGGUCGGAGUUCCGGGGCGCAGCGAGAGCGGUGGGCAGGGGUCGGUCCGAGGGGGGCGGCCGGAGGGGGCGGCCGGUCGUCCUCGCCUGUCUGGAUCCCCCUCCGCCGCCCCGUCCCGCCCCGUCCAGACGCCGCCACUUGUCGCCGCCGCCGCCGCUGCUGCUGCUGCUGUUCCUCUCGCCAGCCUUCCUCCGCUCCAGCGCCGCCGCCGCCGCCGUCCCGGCUCCGGAGCCGGACCAGCCCUUCCGGAUCCCCGAAGGGUGGUCCUCCCUGGGCCGCGCGGCCCCCUCCGAGCGGCUGAGCCUGACUUUUGCGCUUCGGCAACGGAACGUGGAGCGGCUGAGCGAGCUGGUGCGCCGCGUCUCCUCGCCCGACUCGCCCGACUACGGGCACUUCCUCUCGCUGGCCGAGGUGAGUGCCUUGGUCUCCCCCUCUCCUUGGACGCUGGGCAGCAUGGACAAGUGGCUGGCGACUCACGGGGUCCGGGACUGCCAGAGAGUCCGCACCCUGGACUUUCUGCAGUGCUCGAUGCCAGCCAGCACAGCUGAGCGCCUUCUCCCGGGAGCGCAGUUUCACCGUUACGCGAAAGACGCUCGCAGGGUCAUAAGGUCCCCCCUGCCUUACCAGCUUGAUCGGGACCUAGCGGACCACGUGGAUUUUGUGGGGGGGCUGCACCGUUUCCCAGCCGAGCAGAAGGUGGUGAGCCGGGCCUGGGCCGUGGAGAAGUCGCCAGUGGGAGGACAGGACGGGCGGUCCAGUUUCCACCUGGGCGUGACCCCGGCUGUGCUCCGCCAGCGAUACAACCUGACCCGGGCGGAUGUGGGCAACUUCUCGCACAACAGCCAGGCCUGUGCCCAGUUCCUGGAGCAGUACUUCCACCAGGCCGACCUGGCUGAAUUCAUGCAGCUGUUUGGCAGGACGUUCCCCCACCACUCCCAGGUCAACCACGUCAUUGGCCACCAGGGCUCUGGCUCAGCCGGCCUGGAGGCCAGUCUGGACGUGGAGUAUCUCAUGAGCACAGGAGCCAACAUCUCCACCUGGGUCUUCAGCAAUGCAGGUCGCCACGAGAGCCAGGAACCCUUCCUGCAGUGGCUGCUCCUGCUCAGCAACACCAGUGGGCUGCCGUGGGUCCACUCGGUCAGCUACGGGGACGAUGAGGACAGCCUCUCUCAGGCCUACAUGAAGCGGGUAAACACAGAGUUCAUGAAGGCGGCCGCCCGCGGUAUCAGCAUCCUGUUUGCCUCAGGUGACUCGGGGGCCGGCUGCCGUGCGAUCUCGGGGGGGAAGCAUGUCUUCCGGCCCAGCUUCCCAGCCUCCAGCCCUUAUGUGACAACCGUUGGGGGCACGGCCUUCCGGCAGCCCUUCCUGGUGGGCGCUGAGGUGGCAGACUACAUCAGCGGAGGAGGGUUUAGCAACGUCUUCCCCAUGCCCGACUACCAGGUAACGGCCGUGAAGCGUUUCUUGAGCACGUCGCCUCGGCUGCCCCCCGCCAGCUAUUACAACAGCACAGGCAGAGCCUAUCCGGAUUUGGCGGCCCUCUCGGACAACUACUGGGUGGUGACCAACCACGUCCCCAUGCCCUGGGUCUCGGGCACCUCUGCCUCCACUCCCGUGGUGGGGGGCAUCGUUGCCCUGAUCAACGACUGGCGCUUGCAGCGAGGGCUGCCUGCCUUGGGCUUCCUCAACCCUGCCCUGUACCGGCUCCAGGAAGGAGGGAACAGCACUGCCCUCUACGACGUGACCCAUGGAUGCCAUCUGUCCUGCCUGGAUGCUGCUGUGCAAGGCGAAGGUUUCUGUGCCGCCCCUGCUUGGGACCCCGUCACAGGCUGGGGGACCCCCAACUUCCCUCAGCUGCUGCGUGGCCUCCUGGGCUAGC